AUGCACACGUUCAGUGAGACGGGUGCAGGAGUACCUGCAUUUCUGGCGAAACUGUGGCGCCUGGUCGAAGACAGCGAGACGAACGAUUUGAUAUCGUGGAGCACGGAUGGCCGGAGCUUCAUCAUACAAAAUCAGGCACAGUUUGCCAAAGAGCUGUUGCCGCUCAAUUACAAACAUAACAACAUGGCAAGCUUUAUUAGGCAGCUGAAUAUGUAUGGUUUCCACAAAAUAACCUCCAUCGACAAUGGUGGUCUACGAUUCGAUAAGGAUGAGAUGGAGUUCACACAUCCUUGCUUUCAAAAGGAUCAUCCCUACUUGCUGGAGCACAUCAAGCGCAAGAUCGCUACAUCGAAGCAACAGCAACUGCAGGCCCAACAACAGUUGGAGGACAAGAGUGUGCUCAAGCUGGAAGCGGUCAGCCGGGUGCUGAGUGAGGUUAAGAAUAUGCGCGGUCGACAGGAUACGCUUGAUUCGCGCUUCCAAACGAUGAAACAAGAGAAUGAGGCUUUGUGGCGGGAAAUUGCUAUUCUGCGCCAGAAGCAUCAUAAGCAACAGCAGAUUGUCAACAAGCUCAUUCAAUUCUUGGUGACGAUCGUGCAACCAUCCCGCAGUGGACUUGGCUCUAUGAACAAUGGUAGCAACAAACGUCGAUUCCAGCUGAUGAUCAACGAUGCCCCACAACAGGCAAAGCUGAUGAAAACGGAAUACGACGAUGGAGCCACCAUUGAAGAACUGGGCGAAGCACUCGAAGAAGUCGCAUACGCAAAUCAGCAAGAAUUGUUGUCAAAACAAAACAAGGCCAAGAAACAUAUUAUUCCCAUCGUAACCGGUCAGAUUGUUCGCUCGUCUCGGUCCGCUGAAGAGGCAGGAGCUUCGUCUGGUUCCACCUCAGUCGGAAAGAGCGCAAAGCCUAGUAACAGCGUCGGUGACAGUGGUAGCGUGAUUCUUAAGAAACUCAGUGGUGUUAGCAUUGUUAAGAAGGAUAAAAUCUCGCCAAGCGGCCAAACGAAAGAGACCAGGAAUUCGGAUACACCGGAGGUUAGUUCGCCGAUAUCGGUCCCGGAUCGGUCACCAUACCAUCGCACAGCGACUCCAUCCAUGUCCGGUGGUAGCAGCUCCAGAAGUAGCAAUGGAAGCGGUGGUGGAGGCGGAGGUGGCGGAGGAGACGGAGGAUUGAACUACGGCGGUGGAAAUGAAACAAUUGAGGAAAUAUUUUCUACCUCACCAAUACCGUUCCGAGCUGGUGUAGAUGGCGCGAUGAGAGGAUCAACGAUGGGGUCCAAGGUCGUGAAAAUGGCGAACGAUCAGAAGAGUCAACCAAAGUACACUACACGAUCUAGGAAUGUUGGCGAACGAAGCCGUGGCAAUAAUACACCUGCGAAUUUAAUUCAGCUGAUUGAAAGCACAAUCGACUGCGAUGAGCUAGAUAACUAUGGCGAAGCGCUGGAAGAAGAUAAUGAUGAUGAUGAGCACGGAUAUUUGGUCGAUCAUGUGGACGAAAUAGAUCCAACGAUCGUACAAUUGUAUAAUCAAGAUAACGACAACGAAAUGAUGCUAAACACUCCGAUGGUGAUCAAGGAGAUGGAAAAACAACAACAACAGAAGCAACAUCAGCAAAAACAGCGACAACCGGCUGGUAGAAAACGAGGAGAAAGUUUGUUGAAAGGAAACAGCACAGAUAAUAGGCGUAAUGAAGGGGAACAGUCCCAAUCUUCUGCGCAGAGAUCUCAGAACAGAAGUUUACUCAAUUCUCCAUCGACUGUCACCGUUACAACGGCAGCGAAGCCUGGCGGAAGUGGAUUGAAAUCUUCUGCCGCUUCUUCUCCCGAUGUUCCGACAAUGAUUAUGACAAGAGGUGGCAAAAAAUUGGCAAUGGCCAAGAAACAGUCUGUCGCGACCAAUGAACAGCAGCAGCAGGAAGAUUUAUCAUCGGCCGGACCGUCUGGAUUCAAUGCUGGUGGUGGGCAAGGCGCCCGAGACCAACCAACGGAGAAUAGCAAUGGUGGUAAUUCAUCAUCGCCACCCAUUGCUACGGAUGGGUUAUCGUUUGUUUCGAAUGGUGGUUACAUUGCCGCAACCGACAUGGUGCCGGGUGAUAUAUUUGACGAUAGCAAUGAUCAGGGCGCCACGAUGGUGAAGAAUGAAGGUAGUAACCCUUCACCGAUGCUUAGCAGUGGAUUCAACUUUGUCGACGGAGGCUACUAUAAUCCAAACGUGGACAUCAACCAGAUGAAGGCUGGUCGACAGCAGCAACAGCAGCAGCAGGUGCAGGCACCGCAGAACAACCAGCAACAACAACAGCCUUCACCAUCUGUUAGCCAAAUGCUCCACGGUGAAGGCGAAGAGUUCGACGAGAAUUCACUCGAUUCGUCCUUGCUGCUUAACCGGCCCGCCGGAAACGAAACCGAACAACAGCAGCAAUUAUCCAAGUUUGUCAGCAAUGAUCUAGACGUGUCCUGUCUGAACACGGUGGCCGAGUAUGGACAGCACAUCGAUACCGUGCAGACCGAUCUGGAAUCACUGAAGGAGCUGCUUAAGGGCGAAGGUUACCAACUCGAUGCGAACGCGUUGCUCGGGAACGCUUGCUCUACCGCACCUCCGUUCGGACGCGUGUACUUCCCGUCGAGUACGUUCGAUAUGGAUACCAUCAAUAAGGUUAGGACCGAUCUUUUCAACAACAACGAAGACAUGCUGGGAUACGAUUUUCCGAUGAACCUUCCGGAUAUGAUGAACGAUGAUCAGCAGCAGCUGUUACAACAGCAUCAACAGCAGCAAGGUCAAUCAUUGGCACAGCAGCAAACCGGCAACAACAAUAGUGACAAAUCAGCCGCAUCCGGUAGCCCGACACCUGGAGGACACAUUUCACCCGUACCGUCAGCUCACACACAGCUGAUGGCUUUAAAGCUUCACGGAGCAGAUCCCGUCAACGGCCACCAACACAGCAUUAACAAUGGCAUCGUUAAUGUGAACGGCCAUCAUGGUAUUGGCUGCAUGAAUGGCAACGGGAAUGGCAGCAUCGGAAAUGGUAUCAUCGGUCCCGGUGGUACACUUGGUAUUGUGUCCGGUGAUUACAUCGAUCUAAACGAGCUGCUUAACAUGGACGGUAACUGCGGUGGUAACGAUGAUGAACAUUCUCUGGUCGCGUAA